GGCCCCGCCGCCAUGAAGUUGAACCAGCGCAGCCUGGCCUUCCACGCCACCUGCGACGCCCCGGCCGACAACGCGGGCUUCCAGUACAAGAAGGGCGGCCGGCAUGCGGCCCACCACCGCCGCUGGCCUGUACCGCGCGGCAACAUGCUCUUCUGCUUCGGGGACGCGGCCGGCCGUGAGCCCGUGGGAGUCAUGAUCCUGGAGGGCUGCACCGUGGAGCUGGUGGAGGCGGCCGAGGAGUUCACCUUCGCCGUGCGCUUCGCUGGGGCCCGGGCCCACACCUACGUGCUGGAGGCCGAGAGCCAGGCCGCCAUGGAGGGCUGGGUGAAGGCGCUGUCGCGGGCCAGCUUCGACUACCUGCGGCUGGUGGUGCGCGAGCUGGGACACCGGUUGGCGGCCGCGCGCGCAGGCAGCCCACUCCCGCCCCGCCGACCCCACGCGCCCCCGCCCAAGGAGGACGGCUGUGCCUUGUGGAGCGCGGAGAUCCCCGCCCCCGCCGCCGCCCCCGCUGGCGCCGCCCCCAGACCCCUGCCCGGCCCCGAGCCCCCGCCACUACCGCCCUGCCGGCGGGCCUCGGCGCCCAGCGGGCCUCUCGACUCGGCCUCCUUCGCCCAGCUGCACGAGUGGUACGGGCAGGAGGUCAGGGCGCUGAGGGGCCAGUGGCUCCGCAGCCAGGCCCAGCCCUGAGGAAAGGGCUGAGGGCCGGAACCAAGGGGAAGCGGUCAAGGCCAGCCUUGAGGCCAGCACUGGUCCUGGUUCUGGUGCCACUCCAGCCCCAGGCCCUGCUCUGACAGGCCCAGCCCUGAGACACGGGGAUCUGGUCCUGAGGGCGGUUGCAGUCGGCGUAAGCCCUGAGGUCCCUGCCUGGUCUGCUCUCGGGGACUCAAGCUUGGAGAAGAUGCUGGGUUCUGAGGGGUGCUUUGGGACCUCUGUCAU